CAACUAGAAAAACUAAUAAAAAACCCUUUUUGUGAUUGUCAAAUGUCAAUGUCAUUUGUGCUUUUCCAUUUUCAUCUAUUAGCUAUUGGCGUUUAGAAAAUCUUUGCAAUACGCAAUUUUAUAUUUACAAAUAAACAUAGAGAUUUGAAAAAUAUUUAAAAGGUUUUUUAUACUAUGAAACAUCAAUUAAAGCUUAGGGAGUUCAACGUAUAAAGAAGUUGCAGUUUCAAAUCAUGGAUGAAGGAAAAGAAAAUAUAAAUUGUUAUAUUACAGAACUACCUGAUGAAAUAAUUGCUGUUAUACUAAAUUACAGCUCAUGCAAUGAUAUUGUGUCAUUUGGAUUGACCUGUAAACGGUUUUAUAAUUUAACUAUUCAUGACCAAUAUCUUUGGAAAAGCAAAUGUAUCGAAACACUUCCACCGUCUAUUUUCAAAACUGUUGAAAAACAUUCUGAUGGUAAUUGGUUAAAUGAACUUAAAAAAUAUAAUAAAGUAAAUAAAGAUGUCAUAUCGGAACUGAUGUCCAUGUCAUCGAAAUUUUACUGGAGAAUGAAUCAAUUAUCAUUAGAAGAUGUUAAAGAAUUCUUCAAAAUUGCCACAAAUGAUCAACUGAGUUAUUUUUACACUAUACAUAUUCUGCAAGAUGUUGUUCAGCAAGGAAUUAAAUACCUGGAACAGUAUGUUUGUGAGAGGCCCUACACUUUAACAGAUAUGCAUUAUGCAAAGGGUGUUCUUCGUUUUCUAUUUCAUACUUACCUCACCAUCAAAUGGGUGAAGUUACAGAUGGCACAAGAGCUCAUGCCAGAGGUUGUACUGAAUUUCUUUGUCCAGUGGAUUGAUCCAGCCAAUCUUUACUUGGAUGAGAUUGUGAAUGAUGCACUAAAUGAUAUUGUUGAAAAUGUAAAAGAUGCAAUUCGCGAGGCACGUGCGCGCAAACCACCACCUCCAGGGUGGAAGAAAGUUACAGAUAAAGAAGUACUUACAGCCAUGUCCCAAGUGCUGUAUGGCCAGCGGCGCAUUGCAAUCACUCCAGCUGCUGACCUUAAUACUUUAAAUAUCGUCAAGGUCCUCAAAAACAAAUGUGGCAAUGCUAUUGUAAUGGCGGCUAUAUAUCAGGCAGUGGCAAGGAAGUGUGGAGUGAAAUUAGAGCUGAUUGCAUUUCCGAAUCACCUCUUCUUAGAGUGGCUGGAUGAUACAGAUCCUCAUAAUGUUCUUCUGUUCACUAUAUCCCUUGAAACUGGAGAACUACAACCGAAACGUCGGUGCCCAUUUUCAAGUAGUACCCAGAGAUCGAAUUAUUCGUAUUGCCCGGAUUCUUUGCUACAAUAUGUGUAUUCAUCAUAUUUAAUAACAAUGGGAGCUAUUCGGAAUUGGAAUACACAGAAUGCAUUGCAUUUACUGAACUUUUUGGGGACAAGCCAAAAUCAUCAAAAUCCAUAUAAGAAUUUCUUUGCUUAUUUGAUUGAACAUCAAGACCUGUGUGCUACAAAUACAAAUUUGAGCAUAAAAUAUCUGGAUGCCGUCUAUCGUCAAAUCAUUAUUGCUUUAUCUACAUUAAAUAAACCCGUGGAAUCCGCGAACCACAAUUUUGUUUUCAAGAAACACGAUAACAAUGUGCUCUAUGCAGUAGGAAUGAUAUGUUAUCAUAAAAAAUAUGAUUAUAUAUGCAUUAUCCGUGGAUGGGAUUUGACCGGGGAUCACGUGCAUAUACCCGUCGACGAUUUGUACUUUGGUCGUAAACAACCCUUUUACCGCGUUACAGCCGCUGAUCAAUCUGAAAGAUAUGUCGCACAAGAAAACCUUAUAGAACUGACGCAUCCUAGUCGUCUUUACCACUUAGAAGAUCAAAUAUCGAAGGAAUUCAGUCAUUUCGAUGGAUUCGCAUACGUCCUAAACGACGAAAAGAAAAUUGAGUAUCCUACUGAAGCACCCAUCAUUGAAAUGUAUAGAAGUCGUUCACUCAUAAAACAUUAAAAAAAUUCAAACAAACUGGGAAGCAGACUAAUGACAUAGAAUUAAUAAAAAUAAAUAUAAUCCAUCAGAGACGUCAUAUUUAAUGUGUCUCUCCUUUAUUCUGAUGCAUGUUAUAUUUGUUGCAAAUGUAUUGGUAAGAUACAA